AUGCCGGGGAAGACGGAGGGCGGGGAGGAUGCCGAGGCGGUUGAACGGAAGGGACCCCCGCUAACGACCUCGGCGGCCCAGGGCAAGGCUCCCGCUGAGGCCUCGGCGUUCACGGGAGAAGAGCCAAUGGUCUCGUCCCAGAAGGGCCCAGAGGGCAGCGCCGACUCCAGCUUCGCAGUGGAACCGGCGCGGGUUUGCGGCGGCUUCCUAGCGCAGCCCCGCCUGCCCCCCAUGCACUGCUGCUACUGGGAGCCUAACGUCCAGGAGCAGCGCCCCUGGAAGGCACUGCAAGUCCCCGAGCCCGGCGCCCCGGGGCUGCCCUGGGUCCCGGAGUCCCGGGCGCCCCGGGAACUGCUGCCGCGGGGCCAGUGCCUCAUCCAUAACUGGGUGGAAGAGAGAGCCACCAACGAGCUGGACCGGGUCCUAAAUCAUGAGGAAAGCGAAGGUUUCCGCUACCGACACGGACACUUGGGACUGCUGACCCUAGAGCUAGCCUCCCCCCGGGCCUUCAGGACCACCCAGAAGGAUUCCUACCAGCACCCAGGGAAUCCUCGGAAAGCCCUCCGAGGGAAGAGAGAAGCCAUGUUGGAGCUGCUUCUGCACCACCAGAUCCGGAAGGAAGUGGACCAGGAGUUGAGUCCACCAAAGUAUUCCAAUUAUGAGUCUGUAACACACCAUGAUUAUCAGAGGGAGCUGGAUCGACCUGGGCCACCACCUCCCACCAAGCCUCACAGUCUGCAGGAGCAGCCAGAGACCUAUUGGCUACAAAAGGCAUCAAAGCUUCCGGGUGUCAGCAAUAUUCGGACAUAUGAUACCCCAUUUCGAAAAAACUGUAGUUUCUCAACACCUGUUCCUCUGUCCAUGGACCAGCCCUUACCCUACAGCCCUGAGAACUACCCUCGACUUUGAAGGGGAAAUGGUAGGAGAAAUGCAGAUUGGAUAAUGGGAUAAAGGAAAUAAAUCAUACAAAUGGGUAUUA